AUGGCGAGGUUGGCAGGCCUGGUUCCCGCGCUCCUGGCCCUCUGGUGUGCGAUGUUAGCAUUUCAAGGCGUUCAUCCCCUCCCCCGCACCUUUCACCCCCGGAGGUUCUUGAGGGCGUUAAGAAGUGGUGGGGCUGAAACAAACUGGAAAAAUUUAACGACGGCUGACAUUGUAACAGAAAACGGGUACCCGGCAGAGACACACCAGGUGGUCACACAAGAUGGUUACAUAUUACGUGUCCACAGAAUCCCACAUGGUCGCUACUCCUCCUCCUCCUCCUCCUCCUCCUCCUCCUCCUCCUCCUCCUCCUCCUCCUCCUCCUCCUCCUCCUCUUCUUCUCGUCCUCCUAUUCUUCUUCACCACUGCCUUCUCUGUUCUUCGUCCGAGUUUGUGAUGAAUACGCCAGAUAAAGCUUUAGCAUACGUUUUAGCAGACGCAGGAUAUGACGUAUGGUUGACCAAUGCGCGCGGCAACACAUACUCAAGAGCCCACGUCGCACUGGACCCCAAUGAGAAAGAAUUUUGGCAGUUCAGCUGGCACGAGAUGGGCGUGUAUGACCUCCCAGCUGUCAUAGACCACGUGCUGGAGGAGACGGGGCUAGAACAGCUCACCUACCUGGGGUUUAGUAUGGGCACGACUGUCUUCUGGGUCAUGCUGAGUGAACGCCCGGAGUAUGCUGACAAGGUUCGCGUGAUGGCUGCUCUGGGACCUGUUGCCUUCACCCAGCAUGUGCAGGGGCCGCUGAAGGUCAUGGCGCCCUUUGUGAAUAUGAUAGAGACAAGCCUCAACAUGCUGGGGCGGUACGAGAUGCUGUCGUUUGGGCGGAUAAUGGACCAGGUGACGUCAGUUUUCUGUAACGAGAAGGCUUUCACCGCCGCCAUUUGUCAUAACCUGCUGUUCCUUAUUGCUGGACCCAACCCUGACAGACUUAACAAGAAGUACCUCCCCGUGCUGCUUGCUCACACCCCCGCCGGCACCUCCGUCCGCACCGUCACCCACUACCUACAGCUCGUCAGGUCAGGGGCGUUUGGGCAAUACGACUUCGGCCGGAUGUCUAAUCUAGCUCAUUACGGCUCAUUUACGCCCCCCCAUUACGACCUGAGUCACGUGACGGUGCCUGUGGGGUUGUUCUGGUCGUCAGCUGAUUGGCUAGCAGCGCCUCAGGACGUGGCUAGGCUGCAGUCUCUUCUUCCUAAUGUAGUUUUGUCCCUGGAAGUACAAGAUGAUGAUUUUUCUCACCUCGAUUUUGUGUGGGCCUCUGACGCAAAGGAGCUGGUCUACACGCAUGUCUUGGCGUUCCUCAGGGGCUACCACUAAGAGAGAGAGAGAGAGAGAGAGAGAGAGAGAGAGAGAGUUCCUAUUCUUUACAUACGACAAAGGAAAAAAAUAUUUGUUUGUUCAUAUUUUUGAGUUCUUCUUUAUAGUUGUGUUUGUAAUUUAUUUUUUUGUUAUUAUUGUUACUACUACUACUACUACUACUACUACUACUACUACUACUACUACUAUUACGACUCAAAGGCCAGUAUAAUUGUUGAUGGAAAAUAUUGUUUUUUGCUUGGCACACUGUUCUUGUUGUUGUUGUUCCUGCAUGAAAUUGAAAUAAAACAAUAAAAAAAAAAAAGUAGAAA